UGUAAGCCAUUCUGAACGUCCCAUUUGAUAACCCUGCCAUAUAAUUGAACGCAUGGCUAGCUAUUGCUGCUCGUGACGUUUGGCUGAUACGGUGCAGUGGCGGCGAGGAAUAUCACGGGAUGAGCUCAGCCUCGUGAGAUCAAAAUAUAUUGCCCUUGAUUGAUUUCGAUACGAUGCGCAGAGAGGCGGCUUCAUCCGCAUACAAGGAAUCUGCCCAGCGAAACCUUUUCAAUACGUGUUGUGUUCCUUAAAAGCCUUCUGUGGAGAGUCUAGAAUGGGAGUCAUUUUUCAAGUGCUAACAGUGGUCUUACUACGUACUGGACUAGCUUUGUCCUCGAUCUCAACUACCUGCGUGCCAACCACGGAUAACGUGAUCGACUAUGCGUUUCACUUCCGAUGCAACGCGUCCGACGGUUCCUAUCUGAUCUCCGGUAGUACAUGGAAAGCCAAAACAGCUGCUUCAGCUAGAUCAACGUGUACAUCGCUCACCUAUAUGUUGCCUUCCGACUCCAUGGUGAAGGAAGUGUGCUUCAGAGACUACCGUGAACUCAUAAGGUCAUCUACUGGAUCAAGUGUAACGCUUUGGGUGACAUCCUCUAAUAGUAGCAGCGUCACAUGCUUUCCUGCGCAGUCUCCAUGCCCAGCAACAGCUACUGUCAUCUGCCAUAAUGACCUGCCUAUAGUGGCAAACAGCACGCCAUGUGCCCAGGACAGGCGCAUUGCCCACGGUACUGUGUCUUACCCGACUGGUCUUCGCUUUCCCAGCCUGGCCGUCUACAGAUGCAACCCAGGCUACCAUAUCAAGGGGAGCAACUAUGCCGAGUGUGACCCGAACGCUGACUGGUGCGAGGGGGUAAAAUCCUGCUCUGCCUACAAGUGCACUCCGCCUACACUGCAGAAUGGAUUGCUCACCGGACAGGGGCCACUUUAUACCAGCACAUGCAACCCUGGUUUUGAACAAGUAGGACAAUCGAAUGUGACAUGCUUGAGCGACAGCACAGCAACGGCUCUUCCUUCCUGUAAACCACAUGUAUGCAACUCAAUUCAGCUCAUAUCCAAUGGGAAUGUGAUGGAAAACAGCUACCUCACGAACGGCACAGCACACCUCAAGUGCCAAUCCGGGUACUGUGCUGACGGCUCGGCCAUGACGACUUGUAUCAGCAAUGGAUCAUGGGCACCACCACUUGGCACCUGCAAAUUGUUAACCUGUUCCGAGCCCAACGUCAGCAAGUCGUUCGUACUGCAGGGGAAUCGUCCAUACCUUCCAGGCACCAGCCUUUACGUGAACUGUGUGGCUGGUUACACAGGCGGUGGAUACAUCUCGUGCACAGCUAAUGCCACCUGGACGCAUUUCGCGUGCUUGCGUAUAACAUGCUCUCCUCUGAAGAGCCCGGAGAACGGUGUGCUACUUAUGAAUGACAACGCCGCCACCACUCUUGCAGUCGUAGCUUGUAAAGAUGGCUACGUGCUCAGCGGAUCUGCCAAACGUAUACUGGACUGUCUGCCAACGGGCAACUGGUCUGCCGAAAUUCCCACUUGCAGCCGAAAAUCAGACACAGGAUCUGUGGCAACUGGUGGAGCGAGUUCAUCUACUCUUGCCAUCAUUACGGGCGUAGCAGGUUUCGUUGCAGGAUUCCUGAUCCCGGCCGUCGCCUGCGCCGUUAUGAGGAAGAAGUUACAGACUCGACGCAAUUAUGUUAUCCCAGUACCCAGCAAGGCACCCUGCAUGGACAUCAUGUCAAUGAAGGGAGACGAGCCGUUUGCAGUCAUGAAGGGGAAUGCAGCCUACGGAAUGCAUGUGAAAGAAGAAAUGAUUUAUCAGGAAGUUUAGCAGUGAAACAUGCGGAAGUCCUCUUCCACAUUCCGCUUUUAAUGCAAUCACUGAAUUUUUUGGUGAUCAUGUCGGUAAUUUGGUACGUCUGUUUCAUACAGAAACCUUAACGCGCACAUAAUUAAUACAGCCUUAAUUAAUACAUGUAUGUUCAAAUCGGGAAAAGCUUCCAUCCACCUUUAAAUUAUCUUCACUUUCAACUUACCAAGUCCUUUUCCUGCAUACAUAGAAUGUUGGACUUCAUACCCACUUCUGGAAUUGGAUGACCAGUUCAGAUCAUGGCCUUUGCAAACAUCUCAUACGCUAUCUGUA